CACGUAUACACUUGAACUCUCCACCCUUUUUCUCCAUUUACCGGUACGAUCGAAGACGAAAGUACCAGCGCGAAGAACAAAUGGAAGAAUCCUGACUCGCGAAUCGUAAAUAGGCGAAAAUGUGAUUGUCAGGAGGACUUAUGUUCUGUCGAGCAUACGUUUUGUCACAGUGGAUUAUAAGGAACAGUCGACAUAAGCGAGAGUCUUGCGCGAAGAUCUAGUGAAGCAUAUAAACGCGGCAUAUAACGCGGAAGCGAGGUGAGAAUUGAAGGAAUUUAAUCGAAGUGUGAUAAGAAGAAAAAUAAUUUUUACUACAUCUUUUUCUUUCUCUUUCUCAUCAUUCCCGAAGUUGUUAAAUAUAGAACGACGGAAGCAAUCUGAUUUUUUAAGCAACUAUUUAUACACCCUCGUAAUGGAGAUUCUCUCGGCACGGAAAAGAGGGUCAGUAGUUGAGGAAUUAUUCGACGAAAGAUCGUGAAAUAUUCGUUACCGAGUUGAGCUGGAAACGUAGUCUCAGCCGCAAAACGAGCAACAAGAAUUGCUAAUCCGGUAUCAUUCAACGUCGAGAGAGGAGCAAUAUUUAAGAGAAAAAUAAUUUUUAUUCGUAGGAUCACGUAUCGCGAUCGUAAUCUGUUCGUGCAGAAGCAUUUGAUCGUGCGUGUUCAAAUGUGAAAGUUCAAAGCGUUCCAAAGACACCAAUAAAAAAAACGUAUCUUUUUUAACGAGGCAUAACUUGGAAAUUGGUUUAACGACAGUAUAUUGUAAAUCGUCAGCUUUUCUUCGGCUAAAUUGGAACAUCUGUUAGACUUUUUGAUAUUAUAUUUAUUAUUGCCGCGAGAGAAACGUAUCAAUACAUCAAUCUUAGAAAAAACGAGAUAUCUUUUAUUCUGAAAUUUUUUUAUGUGGAAAAAGAGUUUCGUGUACUUCUGCAGAAUUUGUAUAUUUGCAAAGCAAAAGUAUCGUGGGCGAUUAGGACUUCUCGGAAAUACCGUCGAUUUAUAUAAUAGGAGGAUUCGCUCACAGCUUCCUGGAAACACUUGGUCGCAUUUUAUCAAACUAGGAAUCGAGAAAAUCAUUUCACGAGGUGAAAUCAUGAGAAAAGGAGUACUUAACGGGUCGUUUCGACGUCGGUAAAAUUCGUAGUAAACGCUAGUUGACGAUCGUGCCUAAUAGAGGCGACGACGUUAUUUUCUAUUCCCGUCGGAAUAACGUCGGUCCUUCGAGCGGAACGAGCGACGGAAAACUUCCGUCGGAUUCGAUUUCGUAACGGGAGGAGAAGCACCCUCGCGGGUGGUUGCAGCUGAAGACGGUGGUAGAGGGUCGGUGGAUUACGGGGGUAGGUACGUGAUCGUCGUGGGAUGGCUUGUGCGGGGGAGUGAAAAGUGCAGUCAAAGCAGUAUAGCGUGGUUGAAGCCUCCGAAAGAGAGAUUGCAGGCCGCUGCAGGUUCUGAUAUAUCCGCGGCGAGGGAAAAAAAAGAGAGGGAAGAAAAAGAAAGAGAGAGAGAGAGAGAGAGAGAGAGAGAGAGAGAGAGAGAGAUGAGAAGCGAGAUACAUGCUGCGAUAGAAGAAGAGAAACCAACGAAGAUCAAGCGAGCGGUGUCAGCGCGUUAGGGGAUGUCAGCUACACGUUCCCUUUCCUGUAUUGCUGCUGUCUUUUUUUAGGAAAACGUUAAUGGAUCGGUGGCACGUGAAUCGUAUGACAAUACAAAGCUCGAUGACGGACAAUUAGGGCGAUUUCAUCGAAACGGUUUCCGGUCAAGGCUUCGACCUUCUGCGCGUUGUGUCAGCGGGAUCACGCAAAAUAGUGUUGAAGUAUCACAUUUGUAGAGUCGCGCGUUUCAUUCGAUUGUAAUAGUAUCAAAUAUAAACGCGGACGAGAGAGUAGUCGCGUAGAAUUCGAAUGUAGAUAAUUAAACGUAUCCGACGAAGUAACUAGGAAAUUCGCGUUGUGAAUUAUGAAAGAUUCGAUCGAUUGACGUCAAGGCGAUUGUUGCAGAUCGCGCACUCGAAAUUCGCGACGGUAGGAAAAUGAAAGCGGUGACAAGUGAGCCACACAGAUAUCCGAAGCACAAACUAGAUUGUAGUUCGUUAAAUUCGAUAGCCCCGGCGAGCUGUCUAAAACAACGGUCUGUUUAAACGCUGCUUAACGUUAGACAUCCGAGAUGCAACGCUAGCGACUGUGUGCAUGCUGAGAGCGAGUGUUAUCGAUUAUCCAGGGGUAACGUUUUGCGACCCUAUUUGCGACUACGAAACUAAAGCAUCGGAUUGACUAUCGAGCAGUGUAUGAUCAAGUGUUUUGGCAAGCGUGUAUACAUGCGCAUUAACGAGCUCAUCCGAUCGUAAUCGUGGGAAUAUUGAUGACAAUCCACGGGAUUUGGUCUUCAAUUAACAACCGCGUUCGACGAAAAAUUAGAAAUAAUAUAUGAUAAAUGAGAAAGGCAAAGAACUUUGUUGUAACAGUUAACACUAAGUUGAUAGUAUAAAAACAAGUGUAAUUUAUUUCGCAAACUUGAAGUAGUAUUUAAGAAAGUCCAGUGACAAUCUUGAGAAUAAUUCAGAAACGAGCUGCAAUUCCUGUCUUCAUUCUGUGUAACAUAAAGAUACUUAAAUUAAACGUAAUAUAAAGCUUGAUGUAACAUCUUGACGACACUCGCGUAAGAUAUAAAUUAAUUGAAAAAUUAAUUCAUUAAGAAACUAAACGUAAUUAAUCGAUAGAUUAAUAUACGAAGAAAGCGUGGUUGUUCCUCGGGUUCAAAGACCAUGGUAAACAUCGAGCUUCCUUCAGUUCUAGUCCUACCGUCGAGUGAAUCGAUCGACCAGUCAUAAAGUCUUCACUUAUUAUUUCUGGUAGUGCGAGAGGAUUGUGGUAUUCUGUGAAAAACUGCAAAGACCAUAGUGUAUUUAAUCGUUCUGAGUUACAUUUAAGUUUUAACGCAGAAGAACUUUGAUCCCGUUACGACGGCUCGCGAUGCCUCGCGCGUCCUACCGAGUUCGCAUCACCCGUCGUCGUCACCGUGUCCGAUAUCCUCUGGAGUCCUCCGACAGGAUCACAUGGGCGUAUCCGAGGACCGCGAGAGUUAAUUAAAAUGCGAGACCUGAACGCCACCGCAUGCGCUGCUUUGUACGACGGCGUCGAAUGGUCAAGUCUGUGGAACGUGAUUACUCUAAUCGUUCUGGCGAUCAUCGAUGUCAUGGUGGUGGUAGGUAACGUCCUAGUCAUUCUGGCCGUCUAUUGUACCAGCAAGCUGAGAAACGUGACGAAUAUGUUCAUUGUGAGCCUGGCGGUCGCCGAUCUGAUGGUCGGCGUCGCUGUCCUACCGUUCAGCGCAACCUGGGAGGUCUAUAAGGUUUGGAUAUACGGAAACCUUUGGUGCUCCGUGUGGCUUGCGGUCGACGUUUGGAUGUGCACGGCAUCGAUAUUGAACUUAUGCGCCAUCAGCUUGGAUAGGUACUUGGCUGUGACCAGACCAGUCAGUUACCCUCAGCUUAUGUCAACGAAGAGGGCUAGACUGCUGGUAGCCACCGUUUGGGUUUCGAGCUUCGUUAUCUGUUUUCCGCCUCUAGUGGGCUGGAAGGACAAACGGUCGCAUACCACGUACAAUGACACGUUUCCUCUAUAUGGCCCGUCCAACACCACCACUAUACUUGUGCCGAUGAAGCCAUGCCCAUGGAUCUGCGAACUGACCAACGACGCCGGCUACGUCGUUUACAGUGCUCUAGGCUCCUUCUAUAUACCAAUGCUGGUGAUGCUAUUUUUUUAUUGGCGGAUCUACAACGCCGCAGUUUCCACGACGAGAGCUAUUAAUCAAGGUUUUCGAACAACAAAAGCCUCGAAAAUGCUUGGCAGCAGGUUCGAUGAACAAAGACUGACCUUACGAAUUCACCGUGGCCGAGGUAGCGUCCACAACGGCAGUAACAACGGCAAUUCGAGAAGUCCGGACUCGAGCAGCCGCAGCUCCGUGAAGCGAGAAAAGAUCAAGAUCUCAGUCUCCUAUCCCAGCACCGAGACGCUCAACACGAAGUGCAACACCCUCGAAAGGACACCGUCGAGAUGUUCGCAAAUCUCGGUCCAUUAUAGCAACGGACAGACGCAGACGCAGCUUUGUCCAGCCUCGCGAAACACGCAUCUUAAGGUGAAGAGAUUUCGUAUGGAAACGAAGGCGGCGAAGACCCUGGGUAUCAUCGUCGGCGGCUUCAUCUUAUGCUGGCUACCUUUCUUCACCAUGUAUCUGGUGCGCGCAUUCUGUCCGAAUCACAUCCAUCCAACCGUCUUCAGCGUACUGUUUUGGCUAGGAUACUGCAAUUCCGCGAUAAAUCCGUGUAUCUAUGCCCUCUUCAGCAGGGACUUCCGCUUCGCUUUCAAGAGAAUCAUCUGUUGCAAGUGCUCCUGCAUACAACGCGCCAACACCUUACGACGUGGCAGUGAUGGCAGUCAAUUGGCAAUGAGGAACGAACGAAGCCCGAGUUACUCGAUUCGCACGACUCAGCACGGGACCUCCAUCGACGACUCGGAUCCGGAUCCGUCAUUGGAGGCGAGCCAUUCGCAGAGUGAGUCCAGAUGAUUGUAGCGACACGUCCGAGCUAGUACGCAGCGCGUCACCUUCAAUCCCCGAUCCUCGAAAGCGAGGAUAUUCUCAUUCUGAUGACGGCAGUGCCCCGAGAGCCGCGCUCGACUUCCUCGCGACCCUCUUACUGUCAUAACGACGAUGAGUCGCGGCCACUUUGACGCUUAGUGUGCCAACGUAAAUCAGUUUCUCUAUUCUACCAGACUAAUGUUGCGUCAGCAGUUCCCGUAAAUUAGAACACUCGGGUGAAGCUGGAAACUCUCGGAUCCUAUCUCCGUCUCACCGCGAAUGUAUGAAAUCGGUAGGCGAGUAACAGUUAGAUAACGAGCGACAAGUAAGACGGGCGAGUAACGUGCCACUUGCUUAACUUGUCUCGUUACUCCGUCGUCGAAAAGAAAAAAAAACCGAUGCUUAGCUUGUCUACGUAUAAUCUCGCUACAAUGGCGGCUUUACGGCCAGGUCAACAGGGCUGUAAUACUCGGGUAGUUUCUUGAGUGAGGUGAGCAAAUAAUUUACUGCUUGAUCUGCUUCCUUGCUAAAUCGCGUGAUCUCGUAAGAAUUUACACAAAGUCAGCAGAGGAGUAAGUCAAGCAGAGGAUUUCUUUCCUCGCUUUUUUUUUUGUCAUCUCCUGUUAGGAGGAAAGGAAAAACGAAGAAAAAGGAAAGCAAGCUAGAUGCUGUGCGAUUUGCCUUUGCACUGUAAUUGCGGCGAGGUCGACGAAAACGAAGUACCAGGUGGAGCUUUGCGAUACGCGUCUACGCGGAAUUGGAUUCCAGCGCGAUAGACCCAGAACGCGGCGCUUCAUCUGUAAGAAGCGAAAAAAAAAAGAAGAAAAGGAAAAAUCGACUUCCCUACGCGGAUCGUUGUAGGAACGCGUUUCCUCGCGAUAACCGUCGCGACGCUACGCUUCGAUUUGUACUUUUGAGCUACGCGAGAAGCUUCGCAUGCGGUUUAUCCUUCAUAAACGACCGUCUUCUUGCGUCCGGUAGACGCAAUAAAUUAUGAUGACCGACAUAAUUAUGAUAAAUUCGGCCAUUCACUGGUUAGUGCACAUUUAAAAAAAGCUGCUUUAUAUAAAGUAUCUAAAUGGAUUCGCAUUUAAUACAAUCAACUUUGAUAAUGAGAUAAUACGUGUAUUCUAUUAAAUAACGUAAUAUCAUUAUUGGAUAUUUAAUUGUUCAAAAUCGUGUACAGCAGCUUUUAGUGUGCAUUAAUCUAGUGUAAUGCAAAUGACCGAAUUUGCUAUUAGUAUAUACGUUACAUGUGCCCCGCGCAGAUCUCACCGGAGGAUAAUCGGUCGUUUAUUAUACCUGGAGAUGAUAACCUCCAAUAAUUUCGAAUAAUAUGUACGCAAUCGGUGUGCCUUCUUUCGUCAUCCCCGUAGUAGAGUGCACCGUUUUCGCGACGAGAGAAAGUUAUCCGCUCUCUGUUCUUCCAGACGCACAGAGUCGUUUUGCAAUGUUAUUUAUUUGUUUCGAUAUAUGUUAUUCGCGCAAGCGAAUUACACAUCGUGUAGCUUCUAGUCCCUCAGCCCGAAACUUACUCCGGUUUCGUGCGGACGAUCGGAUCGGCCGAUCGACUCUUAUAAUUCGUCUUGAUCGUCCGCAACAUCUGCAUGGAAAGAAUAAUUUUGAUGAAGUACUUAAAAGUUUAGUUAG